AUGGCUCUCCAUAAAGUUCUGACUGCCACGCUCUCCGCAAUAACAAGUCCAGCCUCUGACGACCCGAUCCUCCAGUGCUUCGACAAUGACCAUCAAGCCCUUCACGAAAAUCUUCUGAACAAUACAGACGAAACCCUUCGGCUUUCUGACGCGAAGUUACGCGUUUUCCCCUUCAAGGACGUCCAACCCUGCUGGCGGAGACUCUAUACCGACGCGAGUAUCCUCAAAGCUAGCCUGAGCAUCUGCAAUCAUCUCGGGCUCAUUGACCAGGACACAGACAACACUCAGACUUCCGGACAGCUACUUGUUUCUCAGUUGAUUCAGCUUCUUAACAGCUACGCCGGUGAUGGCUUGCGAGUCGACCCCGCGGCUCCCUGGCUUUCACCAGUCAUCCAUCUUGUCGACAAAGCAUUGAUCAUGACCGGCGCGCCUCUCCGCGAAGACCUCAUCGAGUCUCUCCUUUCGGCUUUACAAAACGCUACACGACCCCGUACUCUAGACAAGGGUAACGUUUUGAAUAGUUCAGAAUCAGGUGACAGUCCAUCCCGUGCUUCUAAGCGACGGAAGCUCUCCCCUCCACUGUUCCCACCCGACGCUGUUCCCCCGCCGAGCCUCAAGUACCCGGUUACGCGCGUUUCAAACCCAAGCUUCGAUUACAUGGAAGAGCAUAUACAGAAUGUCAAGACACCGCUUGUGAUUACGGAUGCGGUGGAGCACUGGCCCGCCAUGUCGAAUAGGUCAUGGGCGUCGCGCGAUUAUUGGCUUGAGAGGACAUUCGGUGGACGCAGGCUGGUACCUGUGGAGAUUGGGAGGUCGUAUACGGACGAGGGAUGGGGACAGCGGAUUAUGGAAUUUAAGGAGUUUGUUGAUAAAUACAUUUGGAGAAAUCCGUCGACAUCGACGGCGAGACUGCGGUCACCCGCGGCUGAGGUUGGCGACCAAGUCGAGGGUCAGGACCUUGAUGAACGGGAAGACGCCAAUAAAACCGGGUAUUUAGCGCAGCAUGAUCUUCUCAGUCAGAUCCCCGCCUUGCGCAAGGAUAUCUCCGUUCCAGACUUCUGCUAUAUUGACCCGCCAGCACCAGAUCCGGGCACACCAGUAUACUUGAAGAAGUGCCAGGAACAGGAAGAGGAACGGAAGAGAAAGGCGACAACCGUCGGGUCGAACACUGACGAAGCACACGACAAUGCAACGGGUGACUUUGUCACCGACGACAUUCUUACACCACCCAGCGACCCAAUUAUAAACACGUGGAUCGGCCCAUCUUGGACAAUCUCCCCUCUGCACCACGAUCCCUACCACAACAUUCUCGUCCAAGUCACUGGUGCCAAGUAUAUUCGGCUCUACUCGCCUCAUACCCCAGCUUCGCAGAUUCACCCCCGGGGCAUGGAAGCUGUUGCCUCUGACAAAGAAAGGAGAAAUAGUCAUUCCUCUCCAGGAAACGGUGCAGGCCGUGUUGGCUCAGAUGGCGAUGAUACUUCUACAGCACGCAUGAUUGAUAUGUCGAAUACGUCACAGGUCGAUGUCGCCGCUAUUGAGCUCUCCCCGGCGGAGUCGGAGCAGUGGGAGGCCAUGUGGCCGGGAUUUCAGCAGGCGGAGUAUUUUGAAACGAUCUUGAGAGAAGGAGAGUCACUUUAUAUCCCGGUGGGAUGGUGGCAUUAUGUGAGGGGAUUGAAGGCGGGCAUAAGCGUUAGUUUCUGGUGGUAA